AUGGUGAGAAGUAGGAGCAGAAGUAGAUCCAGGGAGAGAGAUACGAAGAGCAAACCAUUUCACUCGUCGAAUCCAAGAUCGAAGGUAACCAACGAUUUUCUCGAUGUCCGAGGGAAAAUGCGGAACUCAAUCUUCGAAAACGGGACAGACAAAGCUUGGGGAAGAAGUCCAUCCCCGAUCUCGUCGGAUUCUGAUAUCGAAGAACAUGUCAAAAGACGACAGAAACGCAAACAAUACGAAGCAGAACGGCAACAAGCAAAGAAAGCAGCGCUUGAAUCUCAAAAAGUAACGAUUUCGUCCGAUUCGGAUGACGAUGAGAAAAGCAAAAAGUCCAAAAAGAAGAAAAAGAAGAAGGAUAAAAAGGCAAAGAAAGAAAAGAAGAAGAAACGUUCCAAAGUUGAGUACGAAGACAUGUGGGUUGAAAACACUGGGCCUUCAACUGAUCUUGUUCCAAUAAAAAAGCCCAGGGUUGAGAGUUCAUUAUCCAUCGGUCCAGAACUUCCAGAAGCAAUAAAAGCUGCAUUUGAAACGAAUAUGGCGACAAAGCAGGCGAAACCUGGCCAAGGAGUGCAGCUCGCUGAAAUUAUCGAUGAGCAAUCUCGUAUUCCUCGGAGAGGAGAAGUCGGCCACAGCGAGGCUGACAUUGAUCACUACGAAAACGCCGGCUACAUCAUGUCAGGAAACAGACACAGACGAAUGGAAGCCGUCAGACUCAAGAAAGAAUCACAGAUCUACUCUGUUGAAGAAAAACGCGCGUUGCAAAUCUACACUCGCCAGGAACGAGAAAACAAGGAGACAGCCGUGAUCCAGCAAUUCAAGGAUAUGGUCAAUCAGAGAACGCUCGAAACGAAGCGAAAAAACGCGAUGAACAACGAUUAG